CUAUUAUCGACUCUUUUAAAGAAGAGUUUGGCUGAUUGUGACAUUGAAUUUGAAAUGGAGACAAUGCAAAGAACAUUUCUUCGAGUUUUACAAAGAACUCGCAGUUGUAGAAAAAUGAGCCCCAACAUGUCCCAAACUCUGGGAUGUUCUUUGUAUGGAGAUGUAGUGAGUCCAAAGUUCUGUCCAUCAGCAGAAUUAAACACUUGGUCAGCCACACUAGUAUGGAGGAAAACGUUGCUCCAAUCAUUGCCUGCUGUUCAGAUUCAGAUGAAAAGAGAAAUGGCAGGUCACAAUAAAUUCUCCAACAUAAAACAUCGGAAAGAGGCGCAAGACAACAAGAAAGCAGCAUUAAUGAAUCAGUUUGUCAGGCUGGCCAAAACAGCUGUGAAAGAGGGAGGUUCAACUGAUCCAAAGCUAAACCUGAAGUUAGCACAAGUUCUAGAUGCUGUAAAGAAACAAAGUUUGAGUAUCGAUACAUUCAACAAGAUUUUGGAUAAGUUGAGCAAAAAAGGUUUGAACUCCAAGGAGCACAUGCUUGAGGUGGCAGGACCAGGGAGCUCCAUUUUCUUGGUACUUUUAGACUCGGACAACGUUACGCUUGCCAGAUCAGACCUGAAAUCGGCUCUUAAAAAACUUCCCAUAAAAAUCCAGAACACUGUUACUUCUCUACACUUCUUCAAACAACAGGGAAUUGUCUAUGUGACCCCUGACCCCAACCGUCCGAACCUUGACCUUGAGGAAGUUGCCAUUGAAUGUGAAGCUGAGGAUGUUGUCGUGGAAACUAAUGAGGAGGGUCACAAAGUGAUCAAAUUUCUCUGUGACCCCACUCAGCUGAUGGAGGUGAAAUCAUUAUUAGAAAAACAGAAUUUAACAGUGGAGUCACUCUACGAGGAUUUCAGUCCGCUCAUGCCAGUCACACCCACGGAGGCGGAGCAAGAGGAGAUCGAUGUUAUCAUAGAGAGGCUUGAGGGCGUGGAAAACUUUGUACAGAUGUACUCCAAUGUCCAGUCUUGAAAAUAGGAACUUGGAUUAUAAAUACACGUUUUUAUUUUAGAGAUUUAAUCGUCUCUAUAGACAUGGAUUGGGUGAUGUUGUCAGGAACCGAUACAAUACUUUUGAGCGAUCUUGUGCUUGUAUUUACAAUUGUUUAGGAUUGUUGUGUUAAGCAUUGUAAACAUCAACAUUACUAAGGAAUCUGUGUGAUGCAUGAAUUUAAAACAGUAUGAGGAAACAUUGUCAAUAUUUAUUGAUAUAAGUUAUAAUACAAAUUGACUAAAGAAAUAGGGAAAUGAAUUGUCCAUUUGUAAAGUUACACUUGUAAGUAAGUGUUGAAUGAACUUCCUCAAAAUGUUUGUGAUACAAAAAGAAAACAAAGAAAUAAAAAACUUAUUUAAGAUUA